UGACCGCGGGGAUAGCCGGAGCCGCCAGGCGCCGCGCAGGUUCUAAAUGGCUUCUAAGAAGUUGGGAUCCGACUCUCAUGUUUCUGCUUUUGAUCUUAGGGUCUUUCAGUUAUCUUGAUGACGUCCCUUUUAAGAUAGGAGACAAAUUCAAAACCCCAGCGAAGGUUGGAUUACCCAUUGUUUUCUGCCUGCCUGAUUCUUCUCAGCUUGUCAGAGAAGCCCAGUAUGACUUCUCACUGGAAAAGAAAACAAUCAAGUGGGCUGAAGAUAUUAAAAAAAUUGAAGCUGCCCAGAGAGAAGCUGAAUGCAAGGCAGAAAAAGCGCUAGCGAACUCAAAAGCAGCUCCAGAGGUCAGCAACAAAAUGGGGUUCUCAGAGGGACCUUGCCCUGAGGCCAUGCCUCCUCCUAUUAACCCCAUCCUCGCUAGCCUGCAGCACAAUAAUAUUCUUACUCCCACGCCAGCCAACAGCAGCUCUGUGAAGCAAAAGGUUCUCAGUCCACCUCGUCCAAAAGCAGACUUCAACCCAGCUGAUUUUGAAUGUGAAGAAGACCCAUUUGACAAACUGGAAUUAAAAACUAUUGAUGAUAAGGAGGAAUUAAAAAAUAUUCUUGGAAUUCAUGUUGGUACUACUGGGCCAACUGUUGCCCAGCUGUUAGAUAAUACUUCGCCUAAAGGAGGGUCUGAGUCUGUGUUGCAAGAUGAGGAAGUUCUGGCAUCCAUAGAAAGGGCCACAUUGGACUUCAAGCCCCUUCACAAACCCAAUGGCUUUAUUACUUUACCGCAGUUGGGAAACUGUGAAAAGAUGUCCUUGUCUUCCAAAGUGUCCCUGUCCCCUAUCACUUCAGUGAGCAAUAUCAAAUCCCUAUCCUUUCCUAAACUUGACUCUGAUGAGAGUGAUCAAAAAUCAUCAAAGCUCAUGAGCACUUGCCACAGCACUACCUGUCUCCACAAUGGCACUUUUCUCAGCUCUGUGCAGACCUGUGCUCAGAGUAAAGCUAGUGAACUGAAUGGGCACCACAUGGUUGGUCUUUCCACUCUAAAUGAGGAUGGUGGUGUGGAGAUAUCAACAUUAUCCUCUUCGUCCAGGCUGCCUUCCCUGGCUGCGUCAACAGUUUGUACAGAAGAAGAAUCAUCACAAAGCACAGCGACUACGGUACACCCAGACUACAAGGAAACAGAAAUCCCUGUGGUAAUGCACCAAAAUUUCCCAGUGUCUAAAGUGCCCAAUAAUACCAGCUGCACAAAGCGGUUGGGCGGCCCCGCUCCUGAACUACAGCAGGUCCUCUCCGCUAGCGAGAGGCAGUGCAUAGAGACAGUUGUCAACAUGGGGUACUCACCUGAGAACGUCCUGAAAGCCAUGAAGAAGAAGGGACAGAACUUAGACCAGGUUUUGGAUUACCUGUUUGCACAUGGACAGCUUUGUGAGAAGGGCUUUGAUCCGCUUCUUGUUGAAGCAGCUUUGGAAAUGCACCAGUGUUCAGAGGAGAAGAUCACAGAACUUCUCCAACUAAUGAGUCAAUUUAAAGAAAUGGGCUUUGAACUAAAAGACAUUAAGGAGGUCUUAUUAUUACAUAACAAUGACCAACACAAUGCUUUGGAAGAUCUAAUGGCCCGUGCAGGAGCCAGCUGAAAACACAUUCCUGGAUUCUCCACAUGCAAUGAAGCAGGACCAGCCCUGUCACCUUCAUAUCCAGUGUGACUUGCUCUCGGCAGGAAGGAGUCCGGCUUUUCACAUACAAGGGAGAAUGACUGAGCAAGCCCGCCCACGUGCAUCACUCUAGCAUUUCUCUUUCCACUGAGAGCCAACUUUCUUCCUUAAAUUAAAUUUUUAAAGUGUCCUUUCCUAACUUUCCUUUUUCCAGCUUGGCCACGGAGAGUUUAGACUGCCCAACCUCUACUGGAAUUGUACAUAGGUAGAGACAGGAGUGAUUUCUCCCCCUCACUGUUGCACUGGAGUUGGACAGAAGAAUACUAAGUUGAUUCUGAAACUAGGAUGCUUUGGUUCUUUGAAGCUGCUUUCACGGUGCCUGUGUCGUGGUUUAACCCCAGUCAGCAACUAAGCACCACACAGCCACUCACUCACUCCCCCCCCACCCAGUGGGACGGGGGAGAAAAUAGGGAAAAGAAAUAAAACUCGUGGGUUGAGAUAAGAACGGUUUAAUAGAACAGAAAGGAAGAAACUAAUAAUGAUAAUAAUAACAAUAAUACAAUGACAAUAGUAAUAAUAAAAGGAUUAGAAUAUACAAAACAAGUGAUGCACAAUGCAAUUGCUCACCACCUGCCGAUCAACACCCAGUUAGUCCCCAAGCGGCAAUCCCCCCCACCCCCACUCCCCCCCCCCAGUUUAUAUACUAGAUGUGACAUCACAUGGUAUGGAAUACCCCUGUUGGCCACUUUGGGUCAGCUGCCCUGGCUGUGUCCCCUCCCAACUUCUUGUGCCCCUCCAGCCUUCUUGCUGGCUGGGCAUCAGAAGCUGAAAAAUCCUUGACUUAGUCUAAACAUUAGCAACAACUGAAAACAUCAGUGUUAUCAACAUUCUUCUAGUACUGAACCCAAAACAUAGCACUGUACCAGCUACUAGGAAGACAAUUACCUCUAUCCCAGCCAAAACCAAGACAGUCUCCUUGUACUGAAUUACUUGACUGUAUCAUAGUCCAGAUUAACUGGUUAAAUUUGACCUUUAGCACAAUGGAGUUUUAUUUUUUGGUUGAAAGUUAGUCUGUAACUUAGUAAAACACUGGUUCAGAAACUGUUGCUAUGCAUAAAGAGAGAAGCUGUUCCUCUUGUGUUUGUUUGGGUUUUUUACCCAUGCAUACAACACUUCUGCCACACAUAAGCGUCCAAUGCUGAGUGGUGUGUAAGUUCUCUUGAAACAGGUAAGCUGUGAACUCUACCUGGACCUGCAACUUGUGUUGGUUCUUGAACCUGAAGGCAGAGAGCUGGAGCUCAAUAUUCUUAAUUCCCCAGGUUUGUAGGAUAUUUAAGACAAUGCCCUGCUAGGAAAUUGGUUAUCUUUUUGUUUUAAAUAAUACUCGGUGUGAUGCAGGAGGUUUCUUUCAAGCACUUUCUUUAAAACAAAUAUACUCACUGCAUUAGUUCCACUUUUCACAGUGCUAUAUAAAUACAUAAUAACAUCUAGUACUGGAAAUCAGGUUUUGGGUUGUUUUUGAUAGUUCAAAGUAUUACUUUGUACAUUGUUCAAGUUCUAAAUACAUAAAAUAUCAGUAGUCUUGAAUCUUUAAAGUAAUUUGCUAAAUAUUUUGAUUCUGCAGAAGAACAACUAAUAAAACCCUCAAAUAGAACUCCCAGUGUCAUGAUUCCUAUCUCUCAUGCUCUUUGGCUUCAGCAGAUGAAGAACUUGCUGGAUCCUGCCUGUCUAGGUGCUGCCUGCUCCUGUAGAAACACAGGAACACGGUCUGUUGGGCAGAACAACCAGAGGUCUCCAGGCAGAUGGCUGCAAUGGUGGAAUGUGCUGCUUUUUUCUGUGACUUAUUUUUGUUUUGUUGCAAAAACCAAGCCUAGGGAUCCAAACUCAUGUUACAGCAUGGAGCUGGGAGCAUUGGACUUUGGGAGGGGAAAAUUAUUCAGCUUGUUGUCUCAGUUUAGGUUUUUCAUUAGGAGGUUUUAGCUCAUCAGGACCUGGAAGGAGAUGGCAUUUGUCUCCAUUAUGUUGUUAACUUUAUAUGACUAAAACAUCCAAUUUGGGUCCA